AUGAUAAUACUAUAUAUAACAGUAUGCUGUUUGAAUGAGAGAGGAAACGCCAAUUUUGUAGUUAUGACUUUCAAUACCUGGGUAUCUGGCACCAAUGUAGUAAACGGUACCAUGAAAAUCGUUUCUCAUAUCAAAAGAAUCAACCCGGAUGUAGUUGCCUUGCAAGAAGUAUACAACUCACAAUUCAUGGCCGAAAUUCUCAGUUGUCUUGGAAUACAGUGGUCAGGAGCACUGAAGAAAGAUGAAUCUUAUCCUGAUACUGCGAUCCUUACUAGGCAUCAAUUGAGUAAAGAACCGAUUCACCAACUAAGUCACGGUUUAGGCACUCGAAUUUACAUUCCGAAAUUGCAGCGAAACGUUAGCAUAUGGAACCUUCACUUGGAUUACCGUUCUUACGGACCAUAUGCAGCAUUUAAUAAAUUGGUAACAAAAAAAAGUCAAAUUCGAGCUGGUGAAUUGUUAGCUGGAGGUCGUUUUGAAAAUAUACGAGAGCUGCUUAGCAAUACACAUUUCUAUGAUGACGUGAAAAAUGCAGAUGCUCAACCAGUAAUUGUAUGUGGAGAUUUUAACAGUCCAUCUCAUCUCGACUGGACCAAUGAGACAAAAUCAAUUCAUGGAGAUUGGGAAUUUACAUGGCCAGCAACAAAAAUACUUCAGACACUAAUGAUUGAUAGCUACCGACAAGUACAUCCAGAUGUGAUUAAGCAUCCCGGCAUAACCUGGUCAACUGUGGAAAAAAUGAGCAGUGCCGGUUGGCAGUGGUCGAUACCGGAACCACAGGACAGAAUUGAUUUUAUCUUCUACCGUGGUCAGUCACUUAAACCUGUAAACUCCUACGCUUAUCAAGGAAAAAAAGUUGUGCAUCGUAAACCAUAUCAUAAAUAUAAUGACUAUCCAUCCGACCAUUUUGCUGUUAUCACUGUUUUUGAACUAAAAUAG